UGAAGUUUCGUUGACGCCGGUGGCAUGUUCGACACUGCCCUUGUCUUUGUGUUGUUGUGUUGUAACAAGUGGAAAACAUGGUGCAAACGUGUUGUGUUAUCAACUGCCACAAUCGUUCACGCGAUCGCUUCGGGAAUAAAAAGGAUGGGGGGAGAUUUUUCUCAUUUCCGACGUGGAAGCAAAGCCAAGGAGCUGUGAUCUGUGAGCUAACAAAGAGACGCCGAAUGGCCUGGAUAGCAGCCGUGAGACGACCAAACAUCACUUUCAACGCCAUCACCCGACACAUGUUGGUGUGUUCACGGCAUUUUCACACUGGGAGACCUGCUAAUGAAAUGGAUGAAAGCCAUCCAGACUGGGCACCCUCAUUACAUCUCGGACACACGGAGGUGAAACCUGCAGAUAACGAGAGACUACAGAUAACAUUGCACGAGGAGGAACUUUCUCCAACAAGAGAGGAGAACGAGCGACUACGACAACAACUGGAAGAUGUUUGCAAGACUCAAGUUGUGUUGCACGUUGAAGACACCCAGCAGCUGGUUGGUCAUCAAGAAGAAUGUCCCCCUCAGCCACAGCGGAAGCAAAAGCCUAAAGAGGAAGAGGAGGAGCCACAGCUCCCUCACAUUAAAGAAGAAGAAGAAGAAGAGCCAGAGCCCACACACAUUAAAAAAGAAGAGGAGUCAAAGCCCCCCUAUGUUAAAGAGGAAGAACUCUCAGUCACUCAGGAGGGAGAGUGUCUUCUAGGGCCAGAGGAGGCUGAUCUCUCCAGAUUGCCACUGACUGGUGUCUCUGUAAAGUCCGAAGAUCAUGAAGACAAACCACAGCUUCAUCAUAGUCCAAGUGAGGAGAAGAGAGAGGCGGAGCCUUCAAGCAGCAGCUCAACACAACACAUGACAACAGAAGCUGAUGGAGACCACUGUGGAGGAUCACAAGCAGACAACCUCUUAGCUCCACUGUCAGAUAGUGACGACAUAAAUUCUCACUCUCCUGAAGAUGAAGACAGGGACUACAUCCAAGUAUCUUUGAGCAGCGAUACAGACUGUGAAGGUGAUAUGACGACUCACACUGACGACAAACACUCUGAAUGCUCUAAAAAGAAGACAGGUAAAAAAACUUUUAAGUGCUCAGUUUGUGAUAAAAGAUUUUAUUUUAAACGUUAUUUGACUCGACACAUGAGAACACACACAGGAGAAAAACCUUUUACUUGCUCAUACUGCGGUAAAGGCUUUUCUCACAAAGUAAAUAUGUUAUCACACAUUAGAACGCACACAGGAGUUAAACCUUUUAGUUGCUCAGACUGCGGUAAAAGUUUCACACAAAAGCCACAUAUGGUAUCACACAUGAGAACACACACAGGAGAAAAACCUUUUACCUGCUCAGACUGCGGUAAAAGUUUUGCACAAAAGAGAAGUUUCGCAUCACAUAUGAGAACACAUACAGGAGAAAAACCUUUUACCUGCUCAGACUGUGGUAAAAGUUUAGCACACAAGUUUAAUUUGGCAUCACAUUUGAGAACACAUUCAGGAGAAAAGCCCUUUACCUGCUCAGACUGCGGUAAAAGCUUCAGUCAGAAAGCAAAUAUGGUCAAACACAUGAGAACACACACGGGAGAAAAAUAUUUUAGUUGCUCAGACUGCGGUAAAAGUUUUGCAGAAAAGAGAAGUUUUGCAUCACAUUUGAGAACACAUACAGGAGAAAAACCUUUUACCUGCUCAGUCUGUGGUAAAAGUUUUUUACAAAAGGGAACUUUGGUAUCACAUAUGAGAACACACACAGGAGAAAAACCUUUUACCUGCUCAGACUGUGGUAAAAGGUUAGCACACAAGUUUAGUUUGGAAUCACACAUGAGAACACACACAGGAGAAAAACCUUUUACCUGCUCAGACUGUGGUAAAAGCUUCAAUCAGAAAGCAAAUAUGGUCAAACACAUGAGAACACACACCGGAGAAAAACGUUUUAGUUGCUCAGACUGUGGUAAACGCUUCACUCAAAAAGCACAUUUGCUAAAACACAUGACGACACACACAGGACAGACGUUUUAGUUGCUCAAAUUGUGGUGACACAUUUUGCGAAAGUCCUCUUUGAAAAGACUUGUGCAGAGUCACUGAUGGUCUACUGUAGUUAAAGGUAUUUUAUAUAGUAAUUGCUAAGUGCUGUAACUGAUGAAGUCACUUUAUAAUAAUAAUAAUAAUAAUCAUAAAACAAUUAAUAAUAAGGUUUUUGCUCAAAUGCUUGUAUGCAAUGAAAGGGAAUGAUAUUAUUUUGUUACUGUUACAUUGUCUUAUACACUAGGUCCCCAACUUACGAACAUCUGACUAGUGAACACUCGCAGAUACGAACGCAAGCCGACUGGUCUAUAUUUUAUUUUAUUUUGCCUUGGAGUCGCUCAAUCAGUAUUUCUACUGCUACUGUACAUGCUUGACCAGUAGAGGGCACUGUGACACUGCUAAUGGGACCAACAGCGAGAACAAGAGGAGGGGAGGAGAGAGAAAGCUACAUUGUAGCCUGUGAUACAACCCAGACAGAGCGUGUGAUUAAAGUUUAUGAAGAGUUGAUAGGCCUGCUUAAUUCUACACCACCCACAGAACACUACCUCUUUUAGAAGAGUCUAACGACGACGACCAUUUGUCCUUUUUUUCAAUAACUCCUCCUCCAACUCCACCACAAUGACGUAUGCUCGACCACUCCUCUUCAAAGGUAAAUAACAUUUAUCAUUACGUAUUAUUAUAUCAUUUUUAUUCUUGUUUUUUUCAUCAAUUAUCCUGGUUUAAUAUUACUACUGCAUCCAAACUCAUAUUUACAUACAUACACAUAUACUGUAUAUGUAUACACGUACAUGUAGUACCUAUAUCAUUGGUAAUAUUACCUUUUACCCUACUUAAGAACAAUUCGACAUAAGAACGAUCGUCCGGAACCAAUUGUGUUCGUUAGUUGGGAACUUAGUGUACUGCAUUUUAUAUUCAGGGUUUCCGCAACAUGUCAUGGAUCGUGUUGCAGCGCCACGGUAAAAUAAAAGCCGCCACACUUGGGAAAUUAUUAUUACUAUUAUUGUUUGUUUGUUUGUUGUUUGUUGUUUUUUUUUUUACAUGAAAACAAUGUUAAGUGAUACAUUGUAUGAAUGGACAUACUGUAUAUGCUAUAUCAGGGAUGCCCAUUACGGCAAUCGCAAAGGUAGUGUGGGUGGCGUGUCACCUACUUCGUAACCGUGACUUUCAAGAUGUCAUGACGUCAGUCAGCUGACAUUAAGCCCCCUCCUGAUUCGCUCAGUAUUAAUUCAGUAUGGCCCACCCAGCCCUGUUUAUCCUCUGCCUUUCGGCUCCAAAUUUAAGACUAAGUCCCCCUAAUAUAUUUUGUCUGAUGCUGUAUUUUAUCAUGGACAUUGAAUGCAACACCUAAUAGUUUUUGAUGUCAUCUGAGUAUUGUUUUCCAAUGUAUCUGUUUUAUUUUUCACGACUUUGUUUGGUCAGUAGAGGGCACUAUGUGUACACUGCUUGAUUGUUUGGGUACUUUGCAGCCAUUGGUGUUUUGAUGUACAAUAGGUAAACAAAAUACGAGAAACGACCCGAUUCCCUCUUUUCUUUUUCAUAUUGGUAAACAAAAAAACGGGAAACAAGUCGUCCCCCGUCUCUCAUUUGGAAUUGGAAAUCAAAAGCGGAACCUUUUAUCUGAUUUUGUGUUUAUUAAAUACUACACGACCAUAAUUAUUUUAAUCAAACUUGCUCUGCCUUGACCUGGAAAACCUUCUUCUCGUGAUGUGCCGAUUGAUGCUGGAAUAUGCAUACUUCCGAUAACAGCGCUUCAUGCUCUAAAAUUAAUACUCACAUCAAAAUAUCAAUACUUUGGAUACUUCAGUCUUAUAAUAGUUCUUAUUAAUCAGUUACAUUUUUUUUCAU